AUGGGCAGUCUUUUCUUUCUAUGCGUAAUUGCAGCUUUCAUAGAAAGACCAUUUGGCUGCCCUGACUCGUGUUCCUGCAUAGACAAGUUUAACCAACAGUUUGCUGACUGUACUUAUAAGGAAUUGCAGAAAGUUCCAACAGGAUUCCCUUCAAAUGUCACUACCUUAAGCCUCUCAGCCAACAAGUUUAGCUCCCUGAAGAGGUCCAACUUUGUAGGAGUGCCUCAGGUUACGUCACUAUGGCUGGCCCACAAUGAGAUCAGUGUAGUGGAGGAAGGGACUUUAGCUUCUCUGGUACACCUUAAGAAUUUCGAUAUCAGCCAUAACCUUCUGGUGGAAUUUCCCUGGGGUGACCUGGCCAGCUUGCCUUCCCUGCAACUGCUGAAAAUGAAUAACAACCGCAUGGUCAACUUGCCACGUGAUGCCUUUGCCAACCUAAAGGACUUGAGGUCCCUUAGGAUCAACAACAACCAAUUCAAAGUGAUUCAUGAAGGAACCUUUAAACCUCUCACCUCACUCUUACAUAUUCAGAUUUAUAACAACCCUUUCCACUGCUCUUGUUCACUCAUGUGGCUAAAGAGGUGGACUGAAGAAGCCCAGGUAACUGUGGCUGAGAAACAGUUAAUCACAUGUGCCUCUCCAGAGGAGCUUCAAGCCACACCUUUAUCUAAAAUUCCAGAUUUACCCUGUGAAGCUCCCACAGUACAGCUGAGUUACCACCCCAAUCUGGACAAUACUGAGCUCUAUGAUGGAUUCACUCUCACUUUGCACUGUCUAGUUACUGGGAGUCCAAAACCUUCUAUAAAAUGGCUAGUUCGCAAUUCAACCCAAGAAGUUGAAAUUCAGCCUCCUACACCAGGCCAGACAAACAAUAAUUUUACAAAGGGUCAAAUGUCUGGUAGAUUUCUCAUUUAUCAGAAUGGUACAUUAGUUAUUCCUCACCUUAGUAAGAAAUUGGAGGGGACCUAUACGUGCCAAGCCACAAAUGAAAUGGGAAGCAGUCAAAGCUCAGUUAAUGUUUCUAUUGCUGGAAACCAAAAAUAUCCCACCAAAACUAUAGAGGAUUCAGUUAUGAGCAAAACAAUACCUGAUGGCAAAAAGCCUGUAGUAAAGAGUGCUGGGAACAGUAUCCUAAAUAUAGAUAAGACAGAGGAGAAGGUUAAGCAUCUUAUUCCUACACUUCAGUCCCUGGCUUCUAUGGGCAAUGAGUUAGAGACUGUUGAUAAUAAUGAGCAUCCAGUGGAUAUUGAGAAGAAAUGUGGACCAAGUUUGGGUGUCCAGCAUGUGUCCAAUCAAGCAUUUAAUGACAGCUCUAACCUUAAACCUCACACUUUUGAUAUGGGUGUGAUUGCUUUGGACGUGUCAGAGAAGGAUGCCAAGAUUCAGAUUACACCAAAUCACAAUCGCCCUGGAAAAGAGCAUCUUAGAAUGCUGUACUUGUGCCAGGAGGGAGCCAAGGGUGUUUCCUUGGUACAGUGGUCAGAGAUUGAAGAUCGGGUAAAUUCAUAUUGGUUCCGUGGUUUGACACCUGGCACAAACUACUCAGUGUGCUUAACCUAUAAAGGUGAGAAUUGUCAAGUGCAAGUGGUCUUUACUACAAAAAAAGAGGUCCCCUCUUUGAUUAUUAUUAUUGUGGUGAGUGUCUUCCUUAUGGGACUAGCUACCAUACCUCUUAUGGGUGCCACCUGCUGCCACCUUCUUUCUAAAUAUCAUGGUAAAAAUUACAAGCUAAUAAUGAAAGCCCAGAAACAGGACCCUAUGGAAAAGCACAUGGCAGCUGACUUUGACCCAAGAGCUUCCUAUGUAGAAUCUGAAAAAAAUUACACUCCCAGCGAAGUUGAGGAAAUUGAAGCCGAAACAAAUGUAGCACCAGAGCAGGAAGAAGUAGAAGUGGAAGGAAGUGUGUUGGAUGAAACUAUCCCAAGCUCCCAAUCCAAAACAAACCAUGAAGAGUUUGAAGUGGGAUCAGAGUACAGUGACAAACUCCCUUUGGGGGCAGAGGCUGUUACCAUCUCUGAGGAAAUCAAUGGUAAUUACAAGGAACCUGCUCGCUGA